GCUCAUUUGCUAUUCUGACAAUCUGACUUCUCUCUCUUACAACACAAUUAAUUUGGCCUAUUCAUGUUCGUCUUUUCAAAUUUGACAAGUACACUACCUCUCCUUUAUUAAAUGCUCCAUUUUGAAGAUUGAAUACUGUGCAGCACUAGCUAGCUAAAGGCAAAUAACAACCCCAUAUUUGAUUACUCCACUUACAAGCAGAUACUUAUAACUCCUGCAAGAAGAAACCCAUUUGCCCAUGAAACUGAUAUGAUUGUCAGAGACAGAAAAUUAAAAAAACAGAUUCCUUUUUCCAAUCCAGUCCAGGCAUUUCUUUCUACCAAUAACUCCUCUUUCUCUCUCUCUAGUGUUUUUUUUUUCAUAAACCUUGUAGGAUUCAGAGUAUCCCCACUUCUCUCUUUCUUAUCUCCUCUGUUACUAAGCCCAUACAGCCCCUUGUCUCAAGCACUCUAUAUAAUUAUUACAUGUAGAGGUUCUUCGCAUUUUUCAACUCUUGUGAACUUAGUCUCUCAACUCUCUUUACCUAACUCUUCUUCCUUUUUUUCAUCAGCUCCAACACUAAAAAGAUCAAACUCACCAUUUUAUUUUGGUACUUUCUUUAUCUUCUCCAUUGUUUCUUUUUAGCCUUUUAGUUUCCUUUUCCCAUAAAUCAGCAAGUGCUCUACCACUAGUUAAUUAUUAGUUUUAGGGCCUUCACCUACCUGGCCUAACAGUAUCGAUCAUGCCAAUACUCCAUUGGACUGUUAGCUUUCAACCUUGAUUUGCUUAUUUAUACAUAUAGUUAAGGUAAUUCUUUUUCUAAUGCAUGCAGGCAUGGAAAUUGAGGAGAAGGUUUGUCAUCAGACAAAUGUAGAAGACGAAACAAGAACAAGAGUAUUUCCUUGUUUAUUCUGUUCAAGAAAAUUUUACAGUUCUCAAGCUUUAGGUGGCCACCAAAAUGCUCACAAGAAAGAAAGAAAUGCAGCAAGAAAGGCAAAAAGAGCUUCUGAAUAUGCAACGCCACCACCACCUCUACCGCCAUCGGCGUCAUUGCCAAUGGUUUUUGCUCCAAGUCAUAAUCAUCAUUUAGGGUUAUUACAUCCUUCAAUGUACAUAACAGCCCAUGCAGCCCCCUUGCAAUGUUAUCCAAACCACCAAUUCAUCUCCAAUAGUUUUGGGUCAAAUGGUGCACCUAAGUUUGAUAAUGGGAUUUUUUAUGGUGGGAAUUGUUCAAGCCAUAGAUAUCAUAAUCAUCAAUGUGAAGAAGAAGAUCCAAGUUUCUUGAAUUGGCAAAGGAGCAUAAGAUUCAAUGGUGCCUCCAACCAGAACUCAGCUAUAGUAGCAAAUAAUGCCCAUCAGAAUUUGGCAAAUACUAAUGAUAAUAAGAAAGAUCCAAAACUUGAUUUAUCGCUUCAUCUAUGAAGAAGAUAUGUUAAGUUCUUUUUGAAGUUGUUAAUUAGGAUUUCCAUAUUCUAUUUCUUCUUUUUGGAAAUUUGCAUUUGCUAAUAAUAAAACAUAUCUGUAGCGACAGACAAUUUUUUUUUUUUUAAUUUCACGAGGCAGAGAAUUAAUGCAUUUGUUGUAAACAUAAGUUUUAAUUGAUUUUUUUCUAUUAAA